AUAUACACUUUGAUAGAGUUUACAUUUUACUUCUACCCAUGAUUGGACAAGACCACUUACUUUUGAACACCUCUGCCGAAUUUUGUCCACUUGGCGUCCAAAAGUCAAGCUGAUUCCCAAAAUUGGAACUACCUUGCUAGUGAUCCAUCUCGUUUGCCAUCACUGUAUCUAAAAGUAAUUGACAUAGUUCCUGACCCAAUCUAACCCACUCUGGUGUGCUUUAGGGACUUUGGCACGCUCCGACGGCCUUAGGGUAUGAGAUAGUUGGCAGCACUGGUGUUAAGAAAGCUGAGCGAGUUGUCAACAGUUUCUUCCUUCAUAAGUUCAACUUGAUCAGAUGAGUUCACUCUCAUCAUCUGUUCAAGUGAAUGCAUGCAGUGAUGAGUGAGUGUCACAUUGCAAACUAGUAAGUAGUCCGUAUCUCCGCUGAUAACGGAUUGCCUCCUGUCUGUCUGGGCCCCCAAUUUGGAAGCCAAUCUAUCCCUCCCUCCCUCCAUCCCUCCAUCCUUCGAGGCCGGAGCGCCCAGGAUGAAUCCAGCCGCCUCUGGGUAAACAUCGCUCCACCCUCCCUCCCUCCUUCCAUACAUCUAACCCACCCACCAACCCAACCACUCACUCAUAUAUUUAUUUACGUAUUAUUUACCAUACCUCCCUUCCGUCUGGGCAUACACCAUGGAUGCUUUCACGGGUGUGAUGGAGCAUGUCGGGGGGGCCUAUCACUGGAUAAUGGACCCCGUGUGGAACGGCGGUAUCCAGCCCUUGCUGGCCCUCAUCUUCCCCCCGGAGGCCAUUCAGCAUUGGAGCGUGCAUGGACUCUCCACGGAGAGUCUCACGCACAUUCUUGCCUUCCUCUUGGCCUUAGGCUUAAUAGUAGGUCUGAUCGUGGCUCACUGUUGUCGAAGGAUCAAAUCCAAUGAAAAGAUCACUUCCAAGGUCAAAGCCGUCAAGGAAUUUGUGGUGCCGGGUGAGGGACCGCGAUUCCGGAAACGUGAUCGGUUGGCCUUCAUGAGUCGCAAGGCUUUUCGGAGUGCCAAGGCUGUUGGGGUGUACAUUCGAGGCGGGCAAGGCCGGAAACGCAAGGACGUGGCCAAGUUGAUGAAGCGAGUGUUUAGCCAUCCGUCCUCGCCAGAUUAUCAGAGCCAGAUGUUGAAGCCUGAUUUGCCGCACGAGUUCCUGGAAGAAGAUGGCAGUUACGGAUCGGAAAGCAAAGAUGGAGCCGUGCCCGAAUCCGUGCUCCUGGUCUUGAAGAACUUGCGCGUGUUUGGACACAUUGAGCAAACGGUGGUGUGGAAGUUGAUGUCCGAUGUGCAAUACGUGAACAUGAAACAGAACGACUACUUGUUCAAAGUGGGGGAUCCCGAUGAUAGCAUGUUCAUAGUCGAGUCCGGACAAGUGAUCGUGUGCUACGAUACUGCCGAAGCGAGCGGCAGUGAAUCCAAGAGUAAUUUUAUCGAGAUGAAGACCGUCAAAGCCGGUGAGCCCAUCGUGUCAUUGCUGAGUUUCCUGGAUUACAUGGCUAACAAACGAAAAUCGUAUAAAACUGUGUCGGCCAAGGCGCUGGAAGACACGAAAAUCAUCCGAUUCCCCUUUGCCAGUUUUCAAGGCGCGUUUGCUCAUGACCCCGUGAGUCUGACGCGUGUGAUCCAGGUGGUCAUGAUUCGACUCCAGCGAGUCACCUUCCUGGCCCUUCACCAGUACCUAGGAUUGGGGGCGGAACUCAUGAGCUCUCAGCAUAGGGGCGCAGUGCUCUUGAAGAAACAAUCCUCCACCGAGGUCCAGGUGGAGGAAGCGCUCCAAAGCCAUCCGCCAGCGCCUCAUAUGGAGGAUGUUGCGAGAAGCAAGUCGAUGCCUACGCCUCGAUCGGUCCCGGUCAACGCCCAAAACGAGUCUUCCCCCGUGCAAUAUCCAUUCUUGGAAGAUCCGGCUCUCAAGAGCCUGUUCAAGUCCAAGAAAAUCCUGGCUGGAUUUCAAGAUGAUAAGCUCAAAGACGUGGCUGUGAACUUCUUCCGUAAGCAUUUCGGUCUCUCCGACCAAGACAUGGUGGGAGAGGACAGCGCUGCCUUUGUUCAAGACCUCGAGAUCGUUCAGUUCCAAGAAAAGGAGGUCCUCAUUGCGGAAGAGACCAACGAUGCAGCAUUCCUCAUCCUAGUGUUAACUGGCUGCGUGAGUGUGUCUCAAAAAAACGGAGAGGAUGUCCCCGUGGAGAUUCACAAGGCCUAUCCCGGUGGGGUUUUAGGCCAACUCCAAGUCCUGACUGCCGAGCCCAGCUUCUUCACUUAUACCGCUAGCAUGACGUCCAGAGUGGCCAUGCUGAGUGGCUUGGAACUGGCCUCGUACAUGUCGAGAAAUCCCGACGUGGCCUUGCAAUUGGCUUCCUCUGUGAUAGACAACCUGUCGAGUUAUGUUCGAUCCAUUGACUUUGCCCUGGAAUGGAAUCUGGUCGAAUCGGGCAAGGCUUUGUACAAGCAGAACUCCAUUGCCGAAAGCACUUACGUGGUGUUGUCGGGUCGGUUGCGGUCAGUGAUUUCGCGAGAUGGGGGAAAGAAAGAGCUGGUCGGAGAGUUUGGACGAGGGGAGCUCACUGGGAUCGUCGAGACACUCAUGAAGACUCCUCGGAGUACAACUGUGAUUGCUGUGAGAGACACAGAGGUAGCCAAACUCCCCUCUGGACUCAUUGACUACAUCAAGAUGCGAUUCCCAAUGGUCUUGAUGCGUCUGAUUAAACUAUUAGGCGAGAAACUCCAGCAAUCCUGGGAGAAAGGCUCUGAUCCAAGAUCAAUGGCCCUUUCUGGUUCGGCGGGAAUGCAUAAUGUGGCCCAAUCUAACUUCUCCACCGUGGCUGUGAUCGGGCUCAAACCAGAUUUGCCGGUGACUUCGUUUACGUUGGAACUCAUUCAAGCCCUGAAUCUGGUUGAUGCCUCGCUAAGACUCACCAAAGAAUACAUUUUCAACGAGCUCGGACUUGGGGCCUUUAAUAAAGGAGCAGAAUUCCGCCUUUCAGCCUGGUUGGCUCAACAAGAGGAUAAACAUCGGAUCGUGGUCUACCAAUGCGAUUCGGAACUAAAUUCGUGGACCAAAUUGUGUGUGCGGCACGCCGAUGUGAUUUUUAUUCUAGUCGAUCCGUUGGACAUGCCGAACAUUCGACCAUUGGAGGAGAACCUAGAGACAUAUUCUCGGAGGACGCGUAAAGAAAUGAUUUUCUUGCACAAGGAAGAUGUCAAGUACCCCAAGAACACGUCUUUAUGGCUGAAAGAGAGGAACUGGAUCAACGUGCAUUAUCACAUACGGUGUCCCCCGCGAAUGUUCUUCAAACGUCGCGUGGAGCGUUUAGAAUCCAUGUACAAUCGAAUCAACGUUGACAAUCCUCCGGACAUCCACUCAGAUUUCUGCCGUUUAGCCCGCAUGAUCACUGGCACGUCUGUGGGACUCGUUUUGGGCGGUGGAGGGGCUCGCGGAUGUUCUCAUGUCGGAAUGAUCAAAGCCAUACUCGAGGCCGGUAUCCCCAUCGAUAGCGUGGCAGGCGUAAGCAUUGGAAGCUUCAUCGGCGCCCUCUAUUGCCAAGAGCGUGAUGUGACGGAAAUGACGGUGAAGGCGAGGAGUUUCUCCUACAAGAUGACCCAGUACUGGCGACAGGUCAUGGACCUCACCUGGCCUCAUACGGCUUACUUAACAGGUCAAGGUUUCAAUGACCUGUUGGAGGCGGUAUUCCUGGACCGUGAUAUUCGAGAUUUGUGGCUUCCGUUCUUCACCGUGACCACCGAUAUAACCGAAAGUGCCAUGCGCAUCCACGAUUACGGUUCUCUUUGGCGAUAUGUACGAAGUUCAAUGUCCUUGGCCGGUUAUAUGCCACCUCUUUGUGAUCCUCAAGAUGGUCAUCUACUAUUGGACGGGGGUUACGUCAACAAUUUGCCCGCUGAUAUCAUGCGGAUCAAAGGAUCAAAACACAUCCUAGCCGUUGACGUGGGUGCACAAGACGACGCCGAUUUCACCAAUUACGGCGAUAGUCUAUCUGGAUUGCAAGUCAUGCUCUCGAAAUGGAGUCCUUUCCGAUCCAAGAUGAAUGUGCCCAAUCAGGCCGAGGUUCAAUCGCGCUUAGCUUACGUAUCGUGUGUGGGCAAGUUGGAGACGGUCAAGACUUCCGACUAUUGCCAUUAUCUCCGUCCACCUAUUGACCGAUAUGGAACACUUCAAUUCGGCGCCUUUGAAGAGAUUAGAGAUGUGGGCUAUUAUCAUGGACGAACAUAUUUCACCGGCCUCAAGAAAGCCGGUCUGUUGAAGCAAUUCAUGAGCUCGGUCAAAGGCGGUGAAAAGCCUUCUUCCUUUUCGUUACAAGGGGCGAUACGAAGAGGCAGCGUGGAGAACUUAGCCACCCCACUCGACACACCUAAACCCGCCUCUGGGUCGGCCAAUUUCACCAAUUUAGCAGAAAUGGUUUGUAGUGUUCAAAAACCAUUCCCUACUCGCGAUACUGAUGGCGAGGAUGGGUCCGCGCCCAUGGACUACGAUCACAGUGACGAGCUUAGCUCGGACGAUGAUACGAGCGCUGGCCUCAUCUCGGAUGAGAAUGACGACAACGAAUCCGGAUUUCUUAGUCAAAUCUAGUGGCACUUGAGGCCACAGUAUAGAUAUAUUUAUGAUGCGCCUCUCAGAAAUGCUCGAGUCUAUCGUUCGAUAAUGUAUUUUUUUUCUGGGAUAAUAGACUUCAGCUUGGCAAUAAUUUUCAAGUCUUUCUUCCA